UUUCUAGAUCUAGAAUCUAGAAUAUUUCUAGAAGUAGUAGAGUAAGAAUAAUCUAGAUUUCGAUACUACACCAGUAAAGUAGGCUUAGUCUAAGUAGGCCUACUUAUAUAUUUAUAAGUACUUGGGACAGUUAUAUUGUUGCCAAUGUUGGGUUGAAAUGCCUAAUUUUAUAGGUAAACUUGGGGGUUUUGUGACAUCAAUGAUGUCAGGUCGUGAUCCACCGCCAGGUGUGCUGCUAAUUGAUGAAACUGGUGAGGAGGAGCACAUACCUUCAGUUGUGAAAGAUUGCCAACAUCAUUUAGUAAAUGCAAUUUUACAAGGGGCACCUACUGAAGAAAUUAUCCAAAAUCUUAUUAUGCUGGACUGUCCAAGACUUGAAGAUAAAUAUUCUAUUCUCAGUGUGAAAGAACUAUUGGAACUUAACAACAGGAGCUUACAGGACUUAAAGAAUAUCAUUACAGGUUUGAAUGCCAUUUUGAAGUAUGCCAAAUACCUUAUCAAAGAGCCAGAGAAAAGGACUGGACAAUGGAGGAACAUUUCUUUCCAUAACACCUUUUUUCUUAAGAAAAUCAAACCUUUCAAUGGUUUUGAGAUUAUACUGGAGCAGCUUGGUUACACAGAGCAUGUGAGCUUUGGAUUGAGGUUCCCACUUGACAAGGAACCUAACAAAUCAGUGGUGGUCAACCUGAUUGCAGACAUGCUUUUAUUUAGAAAAGAACUGUUAGACUACCUGUUUGAUAAGCACCCUCACAAGCAAAUUUUUGAAGAAUUACUUCCCCAAGAAACAAGAGAUGAAGUAAUGGCCUUGGUAUUGUCAGGACUUAAGAUAGAAGAUGAACCAGCUGAUGUUUCAGGUCAGAGCUCCAUGGCUGAUUAUGAGAGUCAUUAUAGAAUGUCAACAUCUUCAAUGUCUUUAAAUAAUGUCAAUAACAGCUCUAGUCAUAUAGCUGGAAUCCAGAACAUGGAUAAUGUAGAUACCAAUGUGACUAAAGAAGUGACAUCAGCAUGGGAAGCCUUGCCAGAUGGAGCAAUCAAAGAUGAACUUGAUGCAAUGAAUUUUGUUAAAGAAGAAGGGACUUCAGAUAAAAUUUCUGAAACACAAGCCAUGCAAGAUCUUGUUUCACCACAGGAAGUGCCUGAUGCUGUCCCUUUAGUAAGUGGAGAAUGCUCUUCGUCUUCCAGCAGCAGACGUUUGGUGUGCUCUGUGUGCGGGGAAGAGGCGACACUCUUCUGUGCCAACUGCUCCAACAAGCAUCUGUGUGACAACUGCAACAUAACCUGGCACAAGCAUCCAUCACGCCAGAACCAUAAGACAGAGCCCAUCAGUGCACUGACCAGCAUAACCGGUGAGGGGUCAGUGCAGUAUGUGAUUGACCCAACUUAUGGAGUGUGUGCUCAAACAAACCCCAACCAUACCAAGUUUGGUAAAAAGCAACAGACACUUGUGGUGGAUCAGAAGAAUGACUCAAAAGCUUCAGCUUUGAAACAGUUUGCCCCCCACAACGUUUCAAAUUUAACUCAACUUGUCUCUGAACAAGAUUAUUUGUCUGGACAAAAUCAUUUUAAUAGAAAACAUCUCCCACAGCAACCAGAUGACUAUCAAAUUCUUGACUACCAAAGAAGUCAACAGAAACAGCACUAUCCGUUUCCACCUCACUUACCCCCCAACAUGGACCCUUACAGAUCAAUCAAAGAGCCUACCUACUUCUACCAGCAGCAGAGGAGCAUGUACCCACCAUCACAAAUGUUUCGGGGUCACCAGCAGCCUAUACCCCAACACCUGCUGGACAAGAAUAGCGAUGUCCAAGAGUACAUGCUUCACCAAGUAAAAGACCAGGACACAAGACAUGUUUUCCACCCCAGUCAGCGAAGUGGACAUUUUAGCAUGCUUGGACAUUCGAAUCAGUUCCAUCCGUCUCAGAUGAGUCCAGGUGUAAAUUCUUCAUUUAAUAUUGCUUCUGGCAACUUGCAACAGUCUAAUUUGUUGCAUUACAAUCCACAAGACAAUCAGAACAAUUCUUACCAGCUGCCUUACUCAAUACCUCCCCCUGUUCAUGGCACCUAUUUGUCAGAAGUUAAUCACAUGGAAGACUUUCACACAGCCUACCACCCCAAUGCUAGUUUCAACCCACAUCAGAUUCCCCAAACUUAUGGUCCAGGUGUCAGGCUCCAGCAGAACCUUGCUCAAGUGAGUGGCCUCUACCAGGAGCCCCAAGACCCAGCCAGCCUCAAAGUGAUGAGGCGCCUGUUACAAGAGCAAGAUCCUCACAAGAGACGUACCAAGUGUGAGACUUACAUUGAGGACUUGGACUUUGAUUUGAAAGAACUAGAUACUGAACUCAACCAUAAACUCUUGGAAAUUGAAGAUUUCUGUGAGUCUGAAAAUUUCAAAGAGAUGAUGAAGAGGAAGACAGCCAUGAUGAAGGAAAAAAAACAGUUGGAGUCAUUCUUAACACAGCUAGACACCAACAGUAAUGCCAAAAGUAAAAUCCCAGUAACUCCUGAUGCUCUGGCUUCCAAACAGAAAGGAGAGAUAAGCCAACAAAUAUUUUACCCUCCAGAAAUAGAGAAAGCAACUAUGAAGCUAAAUACAUUAGCAAUUUCAAGCUUUGGUGGCCAGAGUCAAUCAGAAGUGUUUAACAGAACUGGGAAUAUUACACCAGCUGUUCCCUUGCAUCAGACAGCAUCAAAUAUAGAGAAGGCUGGUUCCAAGCAUGUCAUGGGCAAUAUAGCAGUAGAGCUCAGUGCUGCCAGAACACCAGUAGAAAACAGUCCUGAAGAAAGGUAUGGUCAGCUAGAAUCUGGACAUUCUAAAGAGUCAAGGCAAAUAAUUGAGAAUCCUUUAAACAGAAUACUUACUCCACCAAAACCAUCUCUUUUACAUGGAUUGUAUCAAAGUUCCAGGUGGCAGUGCGAACACUGUACUUUCAUCAAUGACGCUGGUUCCCAUGUUUGUUCCAUGUGUGACAAGACUUCUGUUAACCCCCAGUUGUUUGGUUCACCAGAGGAGCGGACUCUUAGCUCUGACAAACAAAGUGAACCCUCCUUGGGAGACGAGGACCCUUUGCAGAAUUUCUUGCACAAAAUGGAAGGAGAAAAUGAAAAUGACAUAGAUCCAGACGAAACCCCUGUGAUUGGACGAAAUAUUACUGGCAGCCAAGAACAGGUGAUGAAAGAAAAGAAAAAAGCACAAGAAGAGUUUCAAAGGCGGCUACAGGAAGAGAAUAAAAGCUCAAUAAUUCCUCAAACUUCUGUGGCAGUUAAUUUAUCAGCUAAAGAAACCCAGCCCCAAGGUGUAGGUGCUCGUCCUAAAGAGUCUCCCGGACAGAAACCUGUCACAACUUUGUUGAAGGAAGAGCUCCACACACCCCCACCUUCAAUAAACAGAGUUCCAGUUCCUAUCCCAGUAAAGGUCAAGGACAGUAAGUUCAAGCAAUCCAGCCUAGAGGACACCCUGGCAAUCUUCAACGAGCAGAAAGUUAUUGAUACUAUGAAAGAUGAAGGUUUAAAAUUGGCCAAAUUAGUUAAAAAAGCUGACCAGGAAGGCUUUGAUGUAGAGGCUGUAAAAGUGGCCUUAACCUUCUGUGAGCUGCAGGCCAUGACUCCACUUGACUGGCUCCGCGCCAACUGGAAGAAAAAUGUAGAGAAGGUCAUGGAAAUGGCCGCACAGAUUGGCAACAACCAGCAGUGUAACAAUGUUGGGGAGCUGACCGAGGCAGAAGCAGGGGAGGCUUACAUCAGUUGCCAUGGCAACAUCAGAGAGGCAGCACAAUACUGUGCUGACAAGAGGAGUGCUUUGUUUGAAUAUCUGAGCAAUGUUGGGGAGUUCCCCAGAGAGGAGAUCCUACAGUGCAUGUUUCAAUGUCAAGGCAACCAAAAGUUGUCUGAAGCUCAACUUCAAAGGUCAAACCUGCAGCAGUUCCAUGACCGCAUAUGGGCACAGAAAGAUCCAAGCCAGUUCACUCUCACUGACCUGAACAAUCCAGAUGUAUGUAACAGCUUGUCCACAAGUGUCAUAGGUCACUCUGACUUCCAGAGGAUGAUCAAAGAUAGAAAUAUACCUUGUGAGAGACGCAUUCGCCUGGUACUUGUUGAAGGUAGUCUCAAGAGCUGGGGCAGAGCAGAGCUGGUCAUUAAGCUCCUGGACUCUGACCAACUUAAUAAUGAAUCCAUAACCUUAGAAGAUAUUGUAGAAGCAGUCCGAAACUGCAGAGAUAGACAGAGUGCCAUUGCCUACCUCCAGCAGGAGUGCCAGCUUUGUUUUACUCUCUUUCCAAUGAGCAAGAUUCGAAGUCUCAACUUUUGUCAAUGCAAAAUGUGCCAGGAAUGUCUAUCUGAAAAUUUUACUGUGGUCAUCCGUGAGAAGCAUGUCCGACACUGGACAUGUCCUUUGUGCUCCAUGCCAGAUCUUAGUGACGUGGAAGUUGCUUCUGACUAUCUUCAGUUCCUCACUUUAUUGCUUCAGCCUCUCAUAGAUUCAGACCUGCAAAACUUGUUUGAAACUAAAGUCAGAGAUUGGCAUUUACAGAAGGAUCCCAACUUUCGAUGGUGUGCCCAUUGUGCAGAAGGUUUCUUAGCUGAAAAUCGUGGAAAUCAUCUUCGAAUGACCUGUCCACAUUGUGGGGAGAAAACUUGUUUUAGUUGUAAAAAAGAGUGGGAGGAUCAGCAUGAGAAUAUAACAUGUGAACAGUUUGCUCAAUGGAAAAUCGACAAUGAUCCCAACAACCAAUCAGUGGGACUUGCCAAACAUCUUGACGAGAAUGGAAUAGAUUGUCCAACAUGUAAGAUGAGGUUUGCUCUAGCCAAAGGAGGAUGUAUGCACUUUAAAUGUCCAAACUGUGGGCAUGACUUCUGUAGUGGCUGUAAUGAGGCUUACCAUCAUAAAGAUGUCUGCAAUAAAUUUAAGGGAUGUAAAAAUCAAGGAUUUCACUGCCAUUGCCCUCGGGACUGUUUUUCUUUUUUACGAGAUUACCCUGUGGAUAAAUUACAAGCUCUGCUAAAGAUGCACAAUGUGGCCUUCAAUGUGAAAAUGCCAGAUGACCAGCAAGAUAGCAAACAUUGCCCAGUAAUGGAACAGAAAGAGUUUGAUCUGGUCAAAAAAGAUGAGAGGUGUGGAAAGAACACUAUUGAUGGUCAAGCUGGUCUUUGUGAACUACAUUAUAAAGAAUAUUUGGUCUACAUAAUCAACAAAAAUAAACUUGACCCAGUGGUGCUUAUGUCCAAAGAACAGAUGACUGUUCUGAUUCAAAGAUAUGACCUCAAAGUUCCGCCACAGAAGCCUAAUGAACCACUGGAAACAUAUGUCAACUCAUUGAGGAAGAUGAUAAAAGAGAAGCUGCCACUCAGGAGAUAGACAUUUUCGUUCACUUUUUGUCCAGUGUUCUGAUCACUAAUCCAACUUGAUGGGAUAAGAACACAAAACAAAUGACAGUAAAAUUAUUGUGCCCUUAUUGUCCUGUGAAAUUGAAGGCCAUGAAUAUAUUAUUAUAAUAAAGUGAUUUCUAUUGGAAGAUUUCAAUGAUAUUCAAAUGGGAAUGUAUUUAUUUUGUCUGUGUUAUCAAUGUAAGUGUUCUACUAACAAGCUCAGUUCAUACAUGUCUGUGAACUUUGUGAUUAUGCUACAUAACAUAAGGUCAUCUAGACCAUUUUCUGUGUGAUAUAUCAAAGAUUUAUUGUUCUGGUGCCUUAGAAAGUUACUAGAUGGUAACCUUUAACUUUUGAAUAAUGGUCUUAACCAUUUUUUGUUUUCUGGGUGUUAUAAAAACUUAUAAAUAAAAGAAGCAGUUCAUGGCCUAGUCUUUAUAUUUGGAAUGGUUCAUUCUAGAAAAAAGUUUAUCUUUUUUCACUUUAAAUCACCAAGAGCUUGUCAAGUCAUUCUAAGUACCUGCAAUAUUCAACUACUUAAAAAGAUUUGCUUUGAAUCAAGAUUGUUUAAAGAUACUAUUGAAUGAAAGCAGCCAUUUUGAGGCUGUUGGGGCUGAAACAUAAACACAAAAUCAUUUUGUCAAUAUUCUUAAAUAUUAUUUUUGUAUAAAAUAUCAAAUUUGUCAGCAACAAUGUAAGAAGUCAUACACCACUAUCAACCUGUCAGUAAUCAGUAUCAACCUGUCAGUAAUCAGUAUUAACCUGUCAGUUACAAAUCAUGAAAGAAAAAAAACAACAGAACAAACUGUUGACAACCUUAUCUUUCAUCUUACAAACGACAGACAAAUACUAGAUCACUUUAUGCUAGCUCUUCUGUAAUGAUGAUCUAACCAAUUACAUUGUACCUUACUCAAUGUAUGUAUUGCACCUUCUGAUCAAUUUCUUGUCUUUCUUUUGUGUAAUGUGAAUGAAGUAAAAUGACUCAACACUAGAAUGGUCACAUUUACAAUGACAGAAAAUUUUGAUUCUACAAACUUUUUUAUAUAGGUUACGAUCACAUCCAAAUUGUUACGAUCUAGAAGGAUAGAAUACAACAUAGAGUGAAUACUAAUAGAAAUAAGCACUUCAUAACUUAACCAUAUUGUAAGAAUAUCAAUGGUAACACAAUAGGAAGCCAGCCUAUGUUUUUACAGAGAUUAUGAACAUAUUUGAUGUCUUCUUGUAUAUAAUGCAUAUUUUAAGCAUGUUACUAAUGAAAUAUAACUCUAAUAAUGUGAUUUAUUAAUUACAUGUAAGAAAAUCUUAAAUUAUGUUGUUUUAAAUUACUGUCACUUGUUUUUAUCAACUCAAGGAUUUGAUUUGUUAUCACAGACUAGUGUUAAGCAGGUUAUAAUUUGUUUCAACAUUUUUUUAAAUUAUGUUUUUCUAUUAUUUUUUUUUCUGCCUCAUUUUUUUUUCUUUAUUUAUUGAUUUGAACAUUUUGUGUAGAUAGUUUAGAAUAUAACACAAGCUGCAAUAUUUUGUACAAGAUAUAUUUUUAUACCAUUGUUCCUGGCAGGAAAUAUUUUUGUACUGUACAUAAGAACAUCAUUUAGAUUUUCUCUUUUGUUUAGACGUGUAAAAUAAAGAAAUAAAAUACUGUGCAAAUAUAAUGUAGGUUUUAAUUUCUUUAUUUUUACUGUGUACUUAAACAAUGAAAAGUUCAUGGACUCAUUUAUAUAGUGACAGUAUAGGUGUUAUUUGUAUACAGCAAAGUAUUACUUAUAUCUUGACAGCAAAAGUGUUAUUUAAAUUCAAAUCUCAUCACAGUGUCUGCUUCAGUUCUCUGAGACUUGAUGUGAUGUCCCUUUAUCUGUGAGAUGUGUGGCUAAGGGGUAUAAACAGCUUGGCUACUUUAGAGGAGGCUCUAGUUCAAAUCCUGAAUUGUUUUUAGAUUUGACUCAAGCUGAGCGCCGAAAGACAGCAGAGAAACCUUUCCCAAGAUGAGUCUCUCCCCUACAUGUUUAAAAAGCACAUUGGACAAGAAGGCACUGGCAGUGGAGUAGGAGCAUGGACGAUGCACUUAAACAAACAACAUAAUGUUUAACAGUUUUAAAAGUUUGUUUUUUUAGUGGAUAAACCAAAGAGAAAAAUCGUUUGAAACUAUGCAAAUUCAGGAGUGCUGAGUUAGAAUCAACAGUGUUUUUAUCUGACUGAAUAGAGGAUUGAUUCUGCUCAAUUGUUCAGACAUUCCACCUAAUGAUAAAAAUUGAUAUUACUUAACAUAAUGCAGCCAAUGAGAAGAACCCUAUGUGCUUAUUGUGGGAUGCUAUUUUGGACUGAAUUUUUUUGAGGAAAUUAUUUAGCUCAGUCUCCACCAUUUCACUUUCUUUCAUGAAAAAGAAACAUCUUUGUGACUUGGGUGAUAAUAAUCAGAAGUUUCUUUUGGAGAUCUUGUAAUUGUAAAAACUAACACUUGUAAACACCAUGAUGUAAAAAGGGUUGGCAAUGCAGCUAUAAGACAGAUGAUUGAUUUUAUUAAUAUUUUCAAUUUAGCUUAAUAAAUCUUUCAUAAAAACCAAUAUGAUUUUUCUUGUUGAAUUAACUCAUUUAAAGUACUUAGAUUUUUUUUUUUCUUGGAUUUGUUCUGUGAUUAUUCAUUUUAAAAGUUCAUUCUGUUUACAGGUGAACAAAGGGUCUUCUUUAAUAUAUUUACUAGAGACAAAGUUUAAAUAGCUAUUGGUAUUGAUUGUUAGCUUUUUUUGCAGUCAUUGCCUUGGAAAAAAAUAUUUUUCUUACAACUACUUUGCACUAAGUUGAUUGAGAAACAGUUUGAAUAGUUAACAGAUUAAAAGUAAAUUUAAAACUGAUAUCAUAAAAUCCAAUAUUAGAAGGAGUACAAUUUUGAGUCUUUUACAAUUUAAUGUCUUGAUUAUUUAAUAUUUUACCUGUUAUUAAAAUACAGAACUUAUUGCUUAUCAUUUAAGUGGGGAAAAACAUAUUAAGCUUAUGUAUAUGAUUUCAUAAUGAUUAAUGGCUUUGUCUAUAUUAAAUGUAGCAAAAUAUGUAGGUCGCAGCUGAGUCUGCAUAGCCAUGUGAAAUAUUUACUUCUGUUUUAAUUUCAGUCUCAGAAAUAAACCUUUAUUUGAUUCAGUAUCACAGUAAAAACAAUACACUUCAAAUCUA